AGAGAAGACACGUGCUUUCAUGCGAUCUACAAACACAAAAGGAUUAUAUUGACAAGGAUUAUAUUGACUUAAAGGAUUUUUCACCACUGGGGGCAAUGCUAUUUGUCUCUGACAAAAUUGAAGAAUUGAAUCAAAAAGACUUCAGCUGAAUAGCAAUCAGAAAUCAAAAACGUAUUCACGAUAACCGUCCAGCGAUUGCGGUCUCUGUCUAAAAACCCAACACCACCUGUUACGUCUCUGCAGCUGUAUCUUACCACCAUUUAAAAAUGCAUCGGGUUUUAGCGCAAUGCCUCGUUAUUUUCGCAUCCGUUUCUCUCUGCGUUUCUCCCUGUACUCACAAUGUAACGUUUAAAGGAGCAGACAGCAACAAGACACAGAAGAAGAUGGGAAGUUGUCAUUUAGCGGACAACAAGGAACAGGAGGAGUGGAAAGAACAUGGUUCUGCCCAUUGCACAAUAACCAUACAGGAAUAUACAGAUGUCCAUGUCAUAUGUACUAAUGUACCCGGACUGAAAAUGGCAAAAGCAACCUGGAACAUGACUAAACUUAUUCAUUGUACGACUGAUAAACCUGGGGAAAAUGAGAACGGAACGUUUACUUAUUCCAACAAUACUUUAACUCUAAAACUCAAAAAUGUCACUAAACCAGGCAACUAUGGCUUGAUGAUCGAGAUAAACAGAGACUCAAUAAAAACCUCAGAUUGUAAUGAGGACCUGGAUGUGACAGGUAAGUCUGACACCCAAAGCGAUAAUCCAAACAAUCGGGGGCGUAGUUGGCAAUUACCGCUGGGUAUCUUCGUGGCUGUGCUCUUAGGCGGUUUUGCAGUUUAUGCCUUGUGGAGACAUAAACAAAAGAGAUCUAAGAAGUUACUUCGGGCUCAGUUUAGUGAAAUUCUACAAUCGAUGCAAUUACUGAUUAAUAACCAACAGAAGGAGGCAAGCUGCCCAAAUUGCCAGUGUUGUGUAGACCUAGAGAAGCCAAUGUUAUGAAGCAAUUACGUAACGAAAAACCCUGUGAGUUACUGCAAUGGAUGCUGAACAUUACACAUGGACCCAAAAUUCUGAAGCCAAUGGAAGGGUUUUUUUUUGUGUGUUUUUUUU